AUGCCAAUCGGCUCCACCCUUCCGGCUCACAAACUUCAUCCCCACCUAACCCGUCAGGCCGGUUUUCAGUCCUCCGGUUCUCCCCUCAACCCUGUGAACCGGCCCUCCCAAACCACGUGGAAGCAUCUUUCCAACCUCGAGAAGCUUCUCCAGAAACAGAACCGGUCCACCGACCCCGAACCGGACCCAGGCAAACCCAACCGGCGGAGAGGUUCUUUCCUAACCCGCCUGAACCUGAACCGCCUCUGGCCGGUUCGGAAGUCCCCCGAGGACAUGUCCCCCCGCUACCUGAACCGUCUCCAGCGCCUCCUCUCCGACUCCUCCUCCGAAUACUCCCCGCGCAACAGCCUGGCCGCCAGGUGGCGCGAGUACCACGGCCUCAACAACUGGGCCGGCAUGCUCGACCCGCUCGACGAGAAUCUCCGCCGAGAAAUCAUCCGGUACGGCGAGUUCGUCCAAGCCGCCUACCACUGCUUCCACUCCAACCCCGCCACGUCAUCCCCUGACGAUGAGCUCUCCCCCUGCCGCCACGUGGCGCUCCCCGACAGGUCGUACCGCGUGACCCGUUGCCUAUAUGCGACGGCCUCUGUCGGCCUCCCGUCGUGGGCCGAUGACGUGGCGCCGGGUUGGAUGACUCAGCGCACGUGCCGGGUCGGGUUCGUGGCGGUCUGCGACGACCCGCGAGAGAUCCAACGGAUGGGGCGGAGGGACAUCGUCAUCGCGCUACGCGGCACUGCCACGUGUCUCGAGUGGGCCGAGAAUUUCCGAGGCCAGCUGGCACCGGUUGAUGAUGUGGCGUCUUCGGGUAAAGUCGGGCGGGGUUUUCUAAGCUUGUUCAGGACACGUGGCGGGGACCGCGUGGCGAGCCUGGCAGAGUCGGUGGCGGACGAAAUCCGGAGGCUGACGGAGAAGUACAGAGGCGAGGAGCUGAGCGUGACGGUGACGGGGCACAGCCUCGGUGCUGCGCUGGCGCUGCUCGUGGCCGACGAGCUCACCGGAGAAAAUAACCGUCUGGCGGCGCCGGUGGCGGUGUACUCGUUCGGCGGGCCGCGAGUGGGGGACGGGGAUUUUGCGGGGAGGGUGGGGUCGAAGGGGNUUUUGAGGGUGGCGAAUGGGGGGGAUGUGGUGACGAGGGUGCCGGGGAAGGCGUGGGCGUACACGCACGUGGGGACGGAGCUGAGGGUGGAGACGAGGAUGUCGCCGUUUUUGAGGGAGGAUGCUGACGUGGCGUGCUGUCAUGACCUGGAGUCGUAUCUGCACCUGGUGGACGGGUUCGUGAAGUCGGAUGGGGCGUUUAGGGCGAAUGCGAAGAGGAGUUUGUGGAGAUUGGUGAAGGAGCAGAGGUCGAAUCUGAAGAGGCUGUACACGAACACGAGUAAGGCGAAGGGGGGGUCGAGCGGUUUAGUGUCUGAUAAUGUGUCUGUAGUUUGA